GUGUGUCUCCCUUCGACAUAAAGGGGGGCCCACUCAAUGGCUGGAAAUGGAAAGAGCUCCCUCUACAACCGGGCUGAUCGGAAACGGGAAUACUGGCGGGUAUUUCUAAUCGGGGCUGAGCGGAGGAGCAGCUUCGACAGGAAAAUUGAAACAUAUGCUAUCACCCUCCAUCUCGUCGCCAUUUUAGGCAAACGGGGCAGAAUUUAAUGAAGCUUUGCGAUCUUUAAUCUACAAUUGUGAUGGCGACAGAGUCAGAAAAUGUUACUGUGGAGGAGUCGGAGAUGUUUACGAAGGUCAAAGAACACAAGACCUAUCAAAGACGUCGAGAAGGUGGACAACAAGAAGAUUCUGAUGGACAGCAGAAAGAGCCAGAGGGUGGUGAGGUAGUACAAGAUGUGAACAGCAACAUGCAAGUGGUAAUGAUGCAGCCUUUGGACACUACACUACUCCAAAUGAAGCAGCCAAUUGAGGGCACUACUCAUGAAUCAGAAACUGUGGAUGACACACAGAUUAUUACGCUGCAGGUAGUGAACAUGGAAGAGCAGCCAAUAAAUCUUGGUGAAUUACAGCUGGUGCAAGUGGCCCAAAGCAGCAUUGAUGAACUCCAGGGAAACUAUGAAAAUGAAGCCCCUAAAGAUGAACUUCAGGAAGUAGAGCCUGUAAUAUGUCACACCCUUCCCCUACCAGAAGGCUUUCAGGUUGUGAAAGUGGGUGCCAAUGGUGAGGUGGAGACAGUAGAAGAUGGAGCAAUACAAGUACAGGAUGAUGACGCUUCUUCUGGUCCUUGGCAAAAGGAUCCUGAUUACCAACCACCGGUCAAAAAAGUCAAAAAAAAGAAGAACAAACUGCGUUACAAGGUGGACGACUCCAAAGAUGUUGAUUUGUCUGUUUAUGACUUUGAGGAGGAGCAGCAGGAGGGAUUGCUUUCAGAGGUUAAUGUGGAGAAGGCCGUUGGUACAAUGAAACCUCCAAAACCAAUGAAGAUAAAAAAGAAAGGCGUAAAGAAGACAUUCCAGUGUGAGUUGUGCAGUUAUACUUGUCCAAGGCGUUCUAACCUAGAUCGUCACAUGAAAAGCCACACUGAUGAACGGCCGCAUAAAUGUCAUCUCUGUGGUAGAGCUUUUCGAACAGUGACUCUGCUGAGAAACCAUCUCAACACGCACACAGGUACUAAACCACAUAAAUGUCCUGACUGUGAUAUGGCAUUUGUGACUAGUGGAGAGUUGGUAAGGCACCGUCGUUACAAACACACCCAUGAGAAGCCAUUCAAGUGCUCUAUGUGUGACUAUGCCAGUGUGGAGGUAAGCAAGUUAAAGCGCCACAUCCGUUCCCACACUGGAGAGCGUCCAUUCCAAUGUAGUCUGUGCAGCUAUGCCAGCAGAGACACCUACAAACUGAAAAGGCACAUGAGGACCCACUCUGGUGAGAAGCCAUAUGAAUGCUACAUCUGCCACGCUCGUUUCACUCAGAGUGGCACAAUGAAGAUGCACAUUUUACAGAAGCACACAGAGAAUGUGGCUAAAUUUCACUGUCCGCAUUGUGACACUGUUAUUGCCAGAAAAAGUGAUUUGGGUGUCCAUCUGAGAAAACAGCAUUCCUAUCUCGAGUCCGGCAAGAAGUGUCGUUAUUGUGAUGCCGUGUUCCAUGAGCGAUAUGCCCUCAUACAGCACCAAAAAUCUCACAAGAAUGAGAAACGCUUCAAAUGUGAACUUUGUGACUAUGCAUGCAAACAGGAACGUCACAUGGUGAUGCACAAGAGGACUCAUACUGGAGAGAAACCUUAUUCGUGCAGCAAAUGCGAAAAGACCUUUCGGCAGAAGCAACUCCUGGAUAUGCACUUCAAACGUUACCAUGACCCAAAUUUUAUCCCUGCUUCUUUUGUGUGCUCAAAGUGUGGGAAAGCAUUUACUCGUAAGCAUAAGCAUUUAUGCAACAUACCUUUGCAGAACACAAUGACUAAACAUGCAGAGAAUUGCUCUGGGCCGGGAAAUGACGGUGAAGAUGUUGUGGAACGCAAAAAGGGGAAGGGACGCGGGAGGAAACGGAAAAUGCAAUCGAAGAGAGGCGACUCUUCUGAUAGUGAGGAUAAUGCAGAACCAGAACUUGAUGGAGACGACGAUGAUGAUGAUGAUGGAGAUGAUGAAUCUGUUGAGAUUGAACCAGAGAUAGAAGAAUCUGAGGAAUUGCCAGUUGAAGAAACUGUCCCACCUCCGCCAGCCAAAAAACGAAGAGGCAGACCACCUGGCAAAGUUAUUCAGUCCAAUAAAAGUUCAGGAGCAGAUCCGGUAGAUCAAGCAAGUACAACUAUUGAAAACAUCAUUGUUGAGAUAAAAAAAGAACCGGAUGCUGAUGAUGUGCAGGUGCAAGCGGGCAUCGAGGCCCAGAAUGGAGAUAUUACACCUGAGAUGAUUCUUAGCAUGAUGGACCGGUGAUGGAGGAAGGCCAGGCAUGAAAUGAUAUGGCCCUGCUGAAUAAGAUAACAUGUAUUUUUGCUUUGACACAUGCUUAUAUGAAAUGAUUUAGACCAUUUAACCUGAGUACUAGAGAGGAAUUCUCAUCCAGGAAGCUACAAUGACUAUAGACUAGAUAUCCUUUUUAUAGCAUAGAAUGCUAUUUAUGAAUCAGAAAUUCUGUUUUAUUUGUUGAAAUUGUACCCAAUCAAUUUUUUCUGAAUGUUUCUCAGUACUGAAAUGGUAUACCAUGAGAUGCUUUGUACAGUUUAUGUACACAAAGAGCAGUGAACUAGUCCCUGCCCUCUGAUAACAAUUGUGUACAGUAUUUGUGCCGUAGCUCUUUUGCAUAAUAAAAUGGGGAAAUUGUUUUCCAAUGGCACAAAACAUUGUGAUAUAUAUAUGUUGCAAAGAACAUAGGCUAUUUUUACCAUACCAACCUGCGAAUACUUAAGAGUGGGGCAGGUGGAAAUUUGACUUGUAGUAAACUUUAAAUACUGGAGAAUUGUGAAUUUUUGGAAGUCUAGUCGAUUCUUUGUGCAACCCAAUUAUUAGAUGGCAAUACUCAUCUUUCUGUUUUCUUCCGCUGUAAUUGGCCGUCUUGAGAAUGCAAAUCAGCGAUUUGAAAAAUCAUUGUGUUACUGUUAAAUUAAGUUCAAGCCACAUAUGAAUUAUUUUACAACUGACCAUCCAUAGUAACACUGACGGUUGUUAUGUGUUCGCUUUUUUUUGUACAGAGCAUCUCAGAAACAAAUGGUCAUGCUUGUUGUAGAUAACUUUUUUACAUUUUAAUCUUUUCUAGUGAUUAUGUAUCAGAAAGUGCAGGAGAGUAACAUUUUAACCACUGCUUGAGACGUUUACAAAUUACAUUUGUCACAGAAAGAGUUAAACUCUUCAGUGUUUGUGAAUAUGUGCAGAAUCAUGUAAAAAUUAAUUUGCAUAUUAAGCUGUUCAGAGCAGAAAAAUGUCAAAUUGUAAUGAGCACAUUCACAGCAUAAUACAAAUCCCUUUAAAUUUACAGAUUUUAAUGUUGUAAAUUUUAAUUACCUAUAUUUUCACUAUAGUUUGGUUGUCUCCCACUUUUUUGCUUCACUGAACCUGGUAUUAUGUAUCUGAAGAUGUAUUUGUAAGCAGGCGUAAUGGAACUAACUAAACCCUUUAAAACUGGGACGAGGCAGAGUUUUGAAGAGUGAGUAAUUAUAUACAUUUGUGCUUUGUGUUGCAAAAUAAAGUAAUGUGAAGUUUAAAAGCAAUUUUCGCUGUUUCAGAUAUGGAAGUUGUGCCACAAAAGUAUGUCAGAAAAUGUAAACUAUUUGCUGACUCAACUUGAAACUUUUCUGUUCUAGGUGAAUUGCAAUUAAAUCUGCUUUCUGCCCCCUUUUUUGUUAGCUCUUUGGGUUAUUUUUUUUGUAUUAGCUGUACUGUUUUAGUGAAGGAAAGGGAGUGAGCCUGAUGAGGAAACGAUGUAAAAAAAAUACUCUUCAAAUGGGGUUGUGAAAGCUAGGGUAAGCAUUUAAUGUAGUGCUGUACAGCUGGUAAAUAAAACAUUUACCUGCCUUUCA